AUGACCGUGGCCCGCAGUGGAGAGCUACUUCCUUCCCGCAAACUUCCAGCACUUUAUCAGACAGUUCCAGCAACGCCACCCACGCUCACCAGCACUGCCACCACGUUUCUGGGUUCUCGGCGCGCAGGGGUGGAAUCAGCCAGCUCUGCAUCUGAUUGUUGGGGCCUAUCUGCUACGAGUUGGGCAUCCUUGCCUGCGAGAAACGAGGCGGAGCUGUCUCGUCUAGAUAAGGGUGUGAUUCCAUUUCGGCGGUCGCAGGGCAUUUGGGAGCAAGCGAUGCCUCUUCUACCACCGUCGCCAGUGCGGAAGAUCUCCGUGAGGUGUCGUGGUGUUCCAUCGGAGACGAUACGCCAAUGGAGCCGCAAAGCCCACAGAGUUCUUGUCUUGAUCACACAGCUAGUGUCACAUCCAUACCGGGUCGGCUGGCGACCUCGGAAUGUCCCAACGGUGAUGCCGUCACGCAGGAUCGAAGACUCGGUCCUGGCUUCGGGUACAAGCGAAGACCGCGGAUGCUUGUGGGAGUCAUGUCUCAACUUGCGCUGGGUUGACUGCAGGGAGAAUGAUGUUGACUCCUGUCGCAUGCUGAUGCUAUUGCGCCUCGAAGACCGCACGAGAGACGCGGAGUCGGGAAAAGCUGCUGCCGAUCGCUCCAAAAGCCAACAGGAACGUGCCGGAGCCUCAGCUUAUUGUGGACAUGGCAACAUGUGGCUUGCCACGAGGCGGUCAGUUUUGCUUGCCGUGCCUGCCGUGGAUGCUCAGGAGGAUAGUCAAUGCGAGGACGUAUCCAUGUCCAUCAAUGAGGACUUUGCAACGCGGGUGGAUUGCGUGCGUGAGAUUGAAGACAUGCUACCCGAGCCGUGCAAAACAAGGGCCUACGGUGACUGGAUGAUCUGGAUGGUCCAUCGUGCCUGGUUGGAUGAUCCCUCUUUGACGGACCUGAACUUUGGCAACAUGCACAUGCCGCCGCCUCACAUCGAGAGACGCAUUGCUCCCAAGCUGAUGGAAGCUAUGGCAAGGAACACGCACCUGGAGAAGCUGACGCUUUCCAACUCCAACUUGCUCAAGGCAUCCGGAGUUCAGCUGGCCAAUGCUCUGCGUGCCAACUCGUCGCUCAAGACGCUGAACCUUGAGAGCAACUGGCUUGACUCCAAUGCAGUCCGCGAGCUUGCUUUAGCCAUCAAGGACAAUCUCAGCAGCAAGAUUGAAUGCUUGCGCUUCUCUCAUCAGAAGCAGAUGGGACAGUUCUUCGGAAGGCCGACGGAGGAAGCCGUGGGGCAAAUGAUGCAGAGUAACGACACCAUCGUGAAGCUUGGCUUUGAAUGUGAUGAUGCGCAUUGGCGGAAUGAGAUUGAUCGGGCGCUGCUGCGAAACAACGACUCAUGGAGAAGACGGCAAGCUCCUCCUGACGGAGAGGCCUUGCCAACAGCAGAGGAACGUUCUCUAGGGCGGAUACAUCUAGUGCACCCGCCAGAUGCUUCAGCCAAUGAGGUAUUGAACAGCUAUGGCACAUUGUGCGACUACCUGGACCAUAACAAAAAGCUCCCCACAACCUCGCAGCUUCAGAACAGCACACGCAACAGUGGUCAGCAGAUCACGUAUGCAAAAGCUGCUCCAAUGAUCAAGGAGCUUCGAUCGUGGAUGCUUGAUCAUUCUCUGAACAAGUUGGUGGAAGUCCUCGACACCUUCGAAACUCCGACAUGCGGAAUCCUGCGACAAUGGAGUUCGUGCCAUGAUCAUUGGAUCGUUGAGGUUUGGGUGGAGGAUAGGAGGUGUACGUUCCGUAGUUCGAGAGAACCACCCACAUCUGUGUCGGACGACUGGGUCAACUGGCUUCGCGCGAAUAGCAACACUCAUACUAUUGGACCGCCGGAAACCCGAGCUGGUGCGUAG